CGCGAGGAGAUGCGACAGGGCGCCGCGUCGCCGGCAUCAUGCGCCCCCCGCCCGCGCUGGCCCUGGCCGCGCUCUGCCUGCUGGCGCUGCCCGCCGCCGCCGCCGCCGCCUACUUCGGCCUGACCGGGCGGGAGGUCCUGACGCCCUUCCCAGGGCUGGGCACUGCUGCCCCAGCGCAGGGCGGGGCCCACCUGAAGCAAUGUGACCUCCUGAAGCUGUCCCGCCGGCAGAAGCAGCUCUGCCGACGGGAGCCAGGCCUGGCUGAGACCCUGCAGGACGCCGCACACCUCAGCCUGCUCGAGUGCCAGUUUCAGUUCCGGCAUGAGCGCUGGAACUGUAGCCUGGAGGGGAGGACGGGGCUGCUCAAGAGAGGUUUCAAGGAGACGGCCUUCCUGUAUGCAGUGUCCUCGGCUGCCCUCACGCACACGCUGGCCCGGGCCUGCAGCGCCGGCCGCAUGGAGCGCUGCACCUGCGAUGACUCUCCGGGCCUGGAGAGCCGGCAGGCCUGGCAGUGGGGCGUGUGCGGCGACAACCUCAAGUACAGCACCAAGUUCCUGAACAACUUCCUGGGGCCCAAGAGAGGAAGCAAAGACCUGCGGGCUCGGGCAGACGCCCACAACACCCAUGUGGGCAUCAAGGCCGUGAAGAGUGGCCUCAGGACCACGUGUAAGUGCCAUGGCGUGUCGGGCUCCUGUGCUGUGCGUACCUGCUGGAGGCAGCUGUCCCCGUUCCGCGAGACCGGCCAGGUGUUGAAGCUGCGCUACGAUUCGGCCGUCAAGGUGUCCAGUGCCACCAAUGAGGCUUUGGGCCGCCUGGAGCUGUGGGCACCUGCCAGGCCGGGUAGCCCCACCAAGGGCCUGGCCCCGCGACCUGGAGACCUGGUCUACAUGGAGGACUCACCCAGUUUCUGCCGGCCCAGCAAGUAUUCGCCUGGCACAGCGGGCAGGGUGUGCUCCCGGGAGGCCAGCUGCAGCAGCCUGUGCUGCGGGCGGGGCUAUGACACCCAGAGCCGCCUGGUGGCCUUCUCCUGCCACUGCCAGGUGCAGUGGUGCUGCUACGUGGAGUGCCAGCAGUGUGUGCAGGAGGAGCUCGUGUAUACCUUUGCCCCCAAAGGUCCACCUCAGCCCUGCUGGGCCCCCUGAGACCAGUGACCAGUGGCCCCUCGUUCUACAGCUUGAAGGGAAACACUUACAGGGUAUUUUUUGUUUUUUGUUUUUUUUGGUCUACCUCGCAUAUAUAGAUUUUAGGGCAAAAGAGAAUAAUUUAUAUAGCUAAAAUAUAUGAGAAAAAUAUUUAUGUUAUUUAUAGUUUCUAUGUGUGGGGAAGCAGCAGCUGUGGGGUUGGGUAUUCUGUGGAAAGCUGUCUCUCUGGGGAGAUGCUGGGGUCCCCCCUGAGCUGGACACCAGGUGGCAGGGGAGGAGGUCUUCCAGGCUCCUGGGUCUCUUGAGGGGGACUGUCCUGGAGCUAGUGAGUGACAUCCCUCUGUGCAUGUGGACCCAGAGGGGCUUGAUCGGGAUCCUCCUUGUGAAGUCGUAAAUUUUCUGCUCUCCCGGGUCCCAGGCCCCCGCUUUGGCUCUGGCAAAAGCGGCUUGCCCAUGAUAAUAAUGACACCCAGGGUGACCACACUUUGCAUCUGUCAAGCACCUUGGAUAUUCAGAAACACCAUUGUCCCUUUAACCUCACUUGGUGUCCCCGUCAUCCCGUGGGUUAGGGAGGGCCCUAUUACUGCGCCCAUUUUACAGAUGCAGACCAGAGGUGGAGGGCUAGGGUCAAAGUCACGCUGAAGAGGUUCAAGCAAUGAAUAUUUACAGAACUCUGACACGGGCCAGGUGAUGGGGGCUGACUUACCCUGAGCCUGGGAGCCCCGAAGUCUGGAUACAGCCUGAGCCCAAGAACCCAGGGAAGUGACUGCUUCUUCCCCUGCUGCAUGUGACCUGGCCUUUUGGAUCUGGACUGCAUAUCAGCAUUUCCUGUGUCUCAGCGAUGGGGUUGGGCCUUCUUGAGGGGCCUGGAGGGAUGAGGACCCCGUGGAGGCCACUGCGAGGGAGGGGGCACUACCGGGCCCUCCCUCCUUCUGCCCACACUGCCUGAGAGGGUUGGGCUACAUCACCGGGUCCCUCCCAGUCCAGCGAUGGGUUUUGUUGGCUCUCACUUGUGUUUUCCUUUUAAAAGAUGAUUUGUUUUCCAUUGGGUUUCUUCUGGCUUCUCUUAUAAGGUCAGCUGCUUUGGCCCCAAACUGGCAAACGGGGCCUGCAUUCUCACCCUGGCCACAGUCAGCUAGAGGGAGGAUCCCGAUCAGACAGGAUGGGCUGGGGCUCCCCAGUUUGCCCAGUACCCCCAUCUCACUCACGGGUGCUCCUGCCUGGCCCUCGUGGGCAUGUCACCAGCUUCCCCGGUAUCCUCCACUGCAGAGAGACUGACAGACCCACGCCAGCCCUGAAGAUUAUUUCUUGCUUCCCAGAGUUCCCUUGCUCAACAACCUUCAAAUGCUUUUUGUCUCUGCACAUUUAAGAAUUACGAUGAAAACUAACCUGUAUUGAGCACCUGUUCUGUUCAUCCAUUCAAUCAACGAUGGUUUCGGGAGCUUCCACCGAGCGCCAGGCACCACCCCGGGGGUGCUGGCGUGCAGCAGUGAAGGAGACCAUGUCCUUGUCUCGUGGGGCUGACACUGUAAGUGGGAGAGAGACAAUAAACCAGUAAACU